GGGUUGAAACAGUGGCAGAGUUUAAUGGUGCUUUCAAUAAUAAGCUCUCUUUUGUUGUAAGUACAGAGCCCCUCCCCCAAGCUUCCAUGGCAUCAUCAUGCUUGGACAUGUACUCUUCUUCUUCCUCCACCGCCCAAAGCAGCUCCAUGAGCCCCAGAAUCUCCUUCUCCAACGACUUCGUCGAUUCCAACCACUCGCCAGCCGCUCAUCAUAUCAUCCAGCCCAGACAGCCUCCUCCGGCCGCCUCGCCGGACUUCGAAUUCUCCGUCACCAACUACUCCAUGAUGAGCGCCGACGAGCUGUUUUUCAAGGGCCGGUUGCUGCCCUUCAAGGACUGCCAGUUGCAGAAUAAUAAUAAUAAGCCCACUACUCUCCGGGAGGAGCUGCUCGUGGAAGACGACGAGGAGGAGUUAUCUCUCAGGCCGCCAAAGGGUUCCAAUAAGUGGAAGGAGAUUCUGGGACUGAGGAAGGCCCACACUGGUUCCAAGAAGCCUGCUAAGCCUGAUUGGUCCAUAGAGAAGAAGGCUGGUUUUGGCCAUGAUCAAGAGGGAGACUCUAGCAAGAGCACUCAUCAUCAGGAAGUGAAUAAUGGAGGGACAGGGGGUUGCAGAGAUGUGGAGUUUAAGAUGUGACAGCGGGGGCAUGCAGGGGGGAGGCUUGUUUCUUCAUGAAGGGUGAUCAUUUGUAGAGAUUUGGGUUGGGGCCAAUUUCUUUUAUUUUUAUUUACGAGGAGGAGGAGGAAGAAGAGGAUGAUGAUGAUGAUGAUGAUUUUGUUUUGAUUUGUUAUGGUUUUAGAUUGGGAGGGGAUAACUAUUUUGUCGUUAGCGGGAAGGGGGAUUGGAUUUUUAAACAACUUUUGAUGAUUCGUCUCUGUGCUGAACUCCUUGUGAUGUCUAGAAGUUGGUGUUUGACUGUUGGCUAUGUACAAAAGUGUUUGCAGUUGAAGAACUUCUCCGUGAUUCUGAUCA